GGCCCGCCGCUUCUGCUAUUCUGGCCCCAUUUCGAAUUGGCAUACUGCGUGUGUAUUGUUCUGUCCCGACCUGCACUCGUUUCUCUGGCAUUUAUCGGCCUCCCUGACUUCGCUGCCAUGGGGACUGAUAAUCUCGCCUACACGUCAUCAAGCAGGACGAGAAUAAAGAUUUGAAUUGUAUAGCUGGAUCGACACUCUUACGCUACGACGGGUUUCUUUGCCAAAACAACGAAGGAAAAAGGUAAAUCGCCGUGAGAAAAAUAAUGCAGGAUGAAACAUGAUCCAGCUGGGAACGUCACCGUACAUCACAGAGGAACGGAGUGUCCAGGGUCGUGAAUCUUACGGACUUCGGUUCCUCCUUUUUCCUUCGCCGACGCGCUUUCACCGAGUGACGUCUGCGAGAGCCCGCGAGCUUCUCUCCCUUGCCGUGCCUCCUCAAUCUAAUUAGUUCGACUGCACUGUGAUUAAUGAGACCAGAUCAAGAGGGAAAGGGGGAAGAGCAAAAGAGAGUAGCUGUGAUGAAACGAGAGGAAGAGAGUGAUAAGUGGAAACUUGUACCUGCUUUUCUUAAGGGAAAAGGUCUCGUGAAACAACACAUUGAUUCCUUUAAUUAUUUUAUAAAUGUAGAGAUAAAAAAGAUUGUAAAGGCAAAUGAAAAAGUACUUAGCGAUGCUGAUCCUCUGUUUUAUGUAAAAUAUUUAAAUGUACAUGUUGGAUCGCCAGAUGUGGAAGAAGGUUUCAAUGUGACUCGCUCUACAACACCACACGAAUGUCGGUUGAGAGAUUUAAAUUAUUCUGCCCCUAUCACAGUGGAUAUUGAAUAUAUCAGAGGACAUCAGCCAAUAAUUAGAAAUAACUUAUUGAUUGGGAGAAUGCCAAUUAUGUUAAGAAGUUCAAACUGUGUAUUAAAUGGGAAAUCUCAUUUUGAACUAGCAAAAAUGAAUGAAUGUCCUCACGAUCCCGGUGGUUAUUUUGUAGUAAAUGGACAGGAGAAAGUAAUUCUUAUACAGGAGCAAAUGCUUAGAAAUAGAAUUAUUUUAGAAGAAGAUACUAAGAAUUGUAUUGUAGCAUCUUGUAACAGUUCUACUCACGAAAGGAAAACAAAAACUAAUAUUGUAGGUAAGGCUGGAAGAUAUUACAUGAGGCACAACAUUUUUCAGGAUGAUAUUCCUGUGACAAUAGUAUUUAAAGCAAUGGGAAUUGUGAGCGAUCAAGAAAUCAUGCAACUGAUUGGUACAGAAGAAGAAUUUAUGAAAAAAUUUGCACCCAGCUUGGAAGAGUCUCACGUUUUAAAUGUUUUCGCUCAAAAUCAAGCAUUGAGGUUUCUCAGUAAUAAAAGAAAACAAAAGAGGUAUUCAGUAAUAAAGGCUAGCAUCACAGAUGAAAUGAAAGACAUAUUAGCAACAAACGUUUUAUCUCAUGUUCCUGUUGUAGAUUUUAAUUUUAAAGUGAAAGCAACUUACAUUGCUUUGAUGAUUCGCAAAGUCAUGAAAGCACAAACCGACGGUAAACUUGUAGAUGACAGAGAUUAUUAUGGUAAUAAACGAUUAGAAUUGGCGGGUUCUCUACUAUCUUUAAUGUUUGAAGAUUUGUUUAAAAGAUUCAAUUGGGAGUUAAAGCAAAUUGCUGACAAAAAUAUACCGAAAAUUAAAGCUGCUCAAUUUGAUAUUGUGAAGCACAUGAGACAGGAUCAAAUUACCAAUGGAUUAGCCUUUGCUAUAUCUUCCGGUAAUUGGACGAUUAAACGAUUCAAAAUGGAACGCCAUGGCGUCACUCAAGUGUUGUCUAGACUCUCUUAUAUUUCUGCACUGGGUAUGAUGACACGAGUUAACUCUCAGUUUGAAAAAACCAGGAAAGUAUCUGGUCCGCGAUCUUUGCAACCAUCGCAAUGGGGAAUGCUAUGUCCCAGCGACACUCCUGAGGGAGAAGGUUGUGGUUUAGUAAAAAAUUUGGCUCUCAUGACUCAUAUUACUACAGAAAUCGAAGAGGAACCAAUUGUGAGGUUAGCAUUCAACUUAGGUGUCGAAAAUGUAAAUAUUCUUGGCGGCGAGGAAAUCAAUAAUAAAGAUGUUUACAUGGUUUUUCUAAAUGGUAAUAUUUUGGGUGUAGUCAAAAACUAUCAGAGACUGGUAAAUGUCUUCCGAUUGCUACGUAGGAAAGGCCUUAUAAAUGGUUUUGUUUCAAUACAUACACAACAUCAGCACAGAUGCAUUCAAAUCAGUUCUGAUGGUGGACGAUUGUGCAGACCAUAUAUUAUUGUACAAAAUGGAGAACCUCUUGUACAAGAGGAACACAUCAAAUUGCUUGAGCAAGGUGUACGAUGUUUCGAAGAUUUUCUACAAGAUGGUCUAAUCGAGUAUUUGGACGUGAACGAAGAAAACGAUAGCACUAUUGCAUUCGACGAAUCCCAUAUUCAUAACAAAACAACACACUUAGAGAUUGAACCGUUUACGUUACUUGGAGUUUGUGCUGGAUUAGUACCGUACCCUCAUCAUAAUCAAAGUCCAAGAAAUACUUAUCAAUGUGCUAUGGGUAAACAAGCCAUGGGAACCAUCGCUUAUAAUCAACGCAAUCGUAUCGAUACGUUGAUGUAUAAUUUAGUAUACCCUCAAGCACCUAUGGUGAAAUCUAGAACGAUAGAACUGAUUAAUUUCGAUAAAUUACCCGCUGGUCAAAAUGCAACAGUGGCUGUCAUGUCGUAUAGCGGUUACGAUAUCGAAGAUGCUCUCAUAUUAAAUAAAGCUUCGAUCGAUAGAGGAUUUGGAAGAUGUUUGAUUUAUCGAAAUGCAAAGUGUACGUUAAAAAGAUACGCCAAUCAAACAUACGAUCGAAUAAUGGGUCCAUUAAUAGAUUCAAAUACAAAGAAACCAGUUUGGAAACACGAUAUUAUCGAUAGCGAUGGAAUUGCUGCACCUGGUGAAAUGGCGGAAAAUAGAAAGGUAAUGGUAAAUAAAUCUGCUCCUUCCGCAAAUAUUGGUCCAGUGACCUCUGGUAACGUACAAACACAAACCGAGUACAAAGAGGUUCCAGUUGUAUUUAAAGGCCCUGUUCCUGCAUAUAUUGAGAAGGUCAUGAUUUCCAGUAAUGCAGAAGAUGCAUUUCUGAUUAAAUUAUUGUUAAGGCAAACACGGCGACCCGAGAUUGGCGAUAAAUUUAGUAGUCGACACGGACAAAAAGGUGUAACUGGCUUGAUCGUGGAGCAAGAAGAUAUGCCAUUUAACGACUACGGUAUAUGUCCUGAUAUGAUCAUGAAUCCGCAUGGGUUUCCUUCGCGUAUGACGGUCGGAAAAUUGAUAGAGUUACUCGCUGGAAAAGCUGGGGUUGUGAAAGGCCAGUUUCAUUAUGGCACAGCCUUUGGUGGUUCAAAAGUGGAAGAUGUUUGCCAAGAAUUAGUAAAACAUGGUUACAACUACUUGGGUAAAGAUUUCUUUUAUUCUGGUAUUACAGGAGAACCAUUGCAGGCGUAUAUUUAUUCAGGACCGGUUUAUUAUCAAAAGUUAAAGCAUAUGGUACAAGACAAAAUGCAUGCCCGCGCUCGUGGACCAAGAGCAGUGUUAACGCGUCAACCAACCGAAGGUCGCGCCAAAGAAGGAGGUUUACGAUUAGGUGAAAUGGAACGUGAUUGUUUGAUUGGAUACGGUGCUAGCAUGAUGUUGAUUGAGAGACUCAUGAUAUCUAGCGAUGCGUUCGAUGUUGAUGUGUGUAACAAAUGUGGUCUGAUGGCGUAUAGCGGUUGGUGUCACAGUUGUCGUUCCAGUUCGUGUGUUUCCACGAUUUCUAUGCCCUAUGCCUGCAAGUUACUUUUCCAAGAGUUACAAUCCAUGAAUAUUGUACCUCGUUUGACAUUAAAAAAUUAUUGCGAGUAAUACUACUAUAGUUUAUACAUGUAAAUAUAUUCAUAAUAUUGUUAACACAACA